GUUUGGCUGUCAGUCGUUGACUAGCCCGCUCACCGGCCAGUCAUCACGUUCCCAGAUUAAGAACAGUUCCUCCUGAAACUCUAAAGGGGGAGAUAAGAAAUAUAGAUUGAUAUAAAUUUAAAGCCCCCUGCAGGGGAUAUUUCAGUUGGUCGAAGUAAAUCCAAGCAGCAACAUGCCUUCCGAUGCGGAACCCACUGCCUAUCAGAUUGGCCAAGUCAGGAGUAGCAUUCUCGAGAAACUGGAGAAGGAGCCACCAGCUGAACCAUUCCAUCCCACCGAUCUGAAGAGGAUUAACGACAGUGACCUCUGGAUCACGAAACUUCUGCAGGUUUAUGAAUUCGAUGUGGAGAAAUGCAUCACCAGAUUGUGGGAAAACCUUACUUGGCGUCAGAGCUUCGGGGUAUACGAUAUCAACGAGACGAACCUAAAUCAGGAAUACCUCAACGAUGGCUCCAUCUUUGUGCACAACAAGGAUAAGGAUGGAAAACCCCUGCUGAUCCUCACCAUUAAAAUGCACUCGAAGAGUCGCAAUCAGGAGGACCUCCUGCGAAUCCUGGUUUUCUGGAUUGAGCGAUUGCAGCGCGACUCCAACUUGGACAAGAUCACCCUUUUCAUGGACAUGACUGGCUCUGGACUGAGUAACUUGGAUCUGGACUUCAUCAAGACAAUUGUGGGCGUGUUCGAGACCAGAUAUCCCUAUGUACCGAACUAUAUACUGGUGCAUGAGUUGCCAUUCCUUUUAAAUGCUGCUUUUAAAAUCGUGAAGACCUUCCUGCCCGCCGAAGCUCUGAAAAUCCUUAAGGUGACCACCAAGAAGGACAUCGAUCAGUAUGUGGACAAGGACAACUGCCUGAAAAUCUGGGGCGGUAACGACGACUAUGUUUAUAAAUUUGCCUAAAGCUUGCUACAAAUUUUGUAAAUUAGUGUAAAUAAUACGAUAUUUAUUACCGGAA